AUGUUUUCGUUGUGCUGCAACAAUGGGAAGAUUAAGUUGCCGGCGAAUACGUUGCCACCAAAAGGUAUAUUUGAUCUAUUUUUCGGCAAUGACGAAUUAUCCAAAAAAUUUCUCCAGAACAUCAGAACCUACAACAACAUGUUCUGCUUCACAUCAAUGGGUGGUAAAAUAGACACGAGCGUGAACAAGGGAGGCGCACCACCUGUUUUCCGAUUAAGUGGACAAAACUAUCACCUAAUGGGCAGUCUCCUUCCAGAAGAAGGCAAAGCACCACAUUUUGCCCAGUUGUACAUAUACGACACGACAAAUGAAAAGAACAACCGUAUAAAUGCUGUGAGGGGUAGAGGUGAACAAGAUGACAUUCAUGUAGAAAUAGUGAAUGUCAUUCAGAAGGAGCUCGAUAAGAAUAAUGUUUUGGUUAAGUCAUUUCGGAUGGCUAUGUCUGAGCUUGAUAGUAACCCAUGCGCUGGAGUAAAAAUAAAGUUAUUGGGAAAAUGCACUAAAGAUGCAAGGACAUACAAUCUGCCGCAAGUGUCCGGAACAACUUUAAUAGUUGGAGAUCUGGAUACCAGUAUUGGUGAGUGUGAUAUUGUUGUUCAAGCUAAGGGUGGGCAAUUGCAGAGAAUCAGUGAAUUAAAUCCUUCAUACCUGCCACUGCAAUACCCACUGUUGUUUCCAUAUGGUGAAGAUGGUUAUCGGGAAGACAUUGCAUUCUCGAACAGAUUUGUUGAGAGUUCUACAUUUGAUGACGAUGGUUACCCGGUAUAUAGAAGGAGAGACAAUGGCAGUAUAGUUACAAAGAACGGGAUCGCGUUGGACAACAGGUAUGUGGUACCGCACAAUAGACAUUUAUUGCUUAAGUACAAGGCUCAUAUAAAUGUCGAGUGGUGCAACCAGUCACGCUCAAUCAAGUACCUGUUCAAGUAUGUUAACAAGGGUCAUGAUCGGGUAACAACCGAAUUCUACAAAACAAGCAAUGAUGAAGAGAAUGGGAAAGCCAUAGAUGAGAUUAAUAUGUACUAUGAUUGUACGUACAUAUCCCCAUGUGAAGCGGUCUGGCGGUUGUUUGGUUUUGAUAUACAGCUUAGGGCUCCUUCAGUGGAAAGGUUAAGCUUUCACCUUCCUAAUCAACAGAGUGUGAUAUUUGCAGAUGAUGAUCCUGUUGAGAACAUUGUUAAUAGACCCACUAUAGCACAGAGCAUGUUCUUGGAAUGGUUUGAGGCGAAUAAAACAUUCCCAGAUGCAAGAGAGCUUACUUAUGUUGAGAUGCCCACAAGAUUCGUUUGGAAGAAAGACCUUAGAAAAUGGCAGCCACGGAAAAAAGGGUUCUCAAUCGGAAGGAUAUUCUAUGUUCCACCAGCUACUGAAGAAAUCUUUUAUAUGAGGUGUUUGUUGAAUAAAAUACGUGGCCCUACAAGUUAUGCAGAUAUCAGGACUGUUAAUGGUGUCCACUAUGACUCAUUUCGAGAUGCGUGUUAUGCAAGAGGUUUAGUUGAUGAUGAUAAUGAAUAUGUUGAUGCAAUAGAUGAAGCCAGUCAUUGGGCGUUAGCAGAUCAAUUGAGGAGAUUAUUUGUUACAUUGCUAAUGAGCAGUUGCAUGGGUAAACCGGAAACAGUUUGGUAUGAUGUGUGGCCACAUUUGUCAGAUGAUGCACAAUUCCAGGUCCGCAAACAAUUGCACAAUAGAGAUUUUGUGUUGACCGAAUUUGACAAGAUGAACUUUGCUUUAGUGGAGAUUGAAAAGCUAUUAUCUAUUCAUGGUAAGAGUUUCAAGGACCAUCCUGAAAUUCCUACGGCAAAUUUUGCGGCCUUAAACGUUAUAUCAAACAGGUUUAUACAAGAAGAAUUAGCAUAUGACUGUGUGGAACAGGAGAAAGAGAACCAGGAAUUGGUAAGGCAAUUAACCGAAGAGCAAAAGCUCAUAUACAAUGAGGUGUUAACCGAUAUUGAUCGCCAAGCUGGCGGGUUAUUCUUCGUUUAUGGUUAUGGAGGGGCUGGUAAGAUGUUUUUGUGGAGAGCAUUGUCCUCCGUGUUAAGGUCUCAGAGUGAAAUAGUGUUAAAUGUUGCAUCUAGCGGCAUAGCUUCGCUUUUAUUACCAUGUGGCAGAACUGCACAUUCUCGGUUUGCCAUACCGAUAUCUGUUAAUGAAGAUUCCACUUGCAACAUAAGUCACGACAGUCAACUAGCAGAGCUUAUUGUGCAAAGCAAGUUGAUAAUAUGGGAUGAAGCUCCAAUGAUGCACAAAUUUUGUUUUGAAGCCCUAGACCGAACUAUGAGGGAUUUGUUGGGCUUCAAAAAUCCAAGGAGUUAUGAUAUGACAUUUGGUGGUAAAACAGUUGUUUUCGGUGGCGAUUUCAGGCAGAUUUUACCAGUAAUUCCAAAGGGUACCAGACAGGAUAUUGUCCGCGCAAACAUUAGCUCCUCAUAUCUCUGGAAAUUCUGCAAAGUAUUUAGGCUAACUAAGAAUCUACGUCUGAGAAGUGUGCAAUCACAAAUCGAGGGUAAAGAGAUCGAGGAGUUUGCAAAAUGGAUAGCUAAUAUAGGUGACGGAACUGUUGGUAAUCAACGUGAUGGUGAGUCAGAUAUUACAGUUCCAGAACAUUUAUUGCUGAAGUGCGAGGAUGACCCUAUUGCUACAAUUGUUGAUAGCACCUUCCUAAUUUUAGACAAGGGAUUGGCGAUCUAUAGCAUUAACCAAUACAUGAAUGAUCAUAAUCCGGCCGAGGGUAAGACUUACUUGAGUUGUGAUUCUGUUUGUAAGUCAGAUUCAAAUGUUGAUAUGUUAGCAGAUUUGCAUACUCCCGAAUUCUUGAAUGGCCUGAGAUGUUCUAGAGUACCAAAUCAUGCUUUGACAUUGAAAGUUGGGUCACCUGUUAUGCUCUUGAGAAAUAUUGAUAACACACUAGGAUUAUGCAACGGUACAAGGUUGAUUGUUACUAGGUUAGCUGAUCACGUGUUGGAAGGCAAGAUCAUGUGCGAAAGCUCAGGAGAGGAGAGGCAAAGAGAUGGAUCAGAUGAAGGCAAGGUGAAAUGA